AUGGCCUCGACCAACGGGAUUCUCAGUCCCCCCACUCAACCGCAUUUAGACAUCACACUAUCAGCGAAACGAAAACACGACGAUAGCAUUGAUCAGCUUGCUCCUUUAAAUGGCAUCGUCAAUGAUUCCAAAAUCGCAAUUACCAAAGAACCGUCGACGGUAGAUACACAAGAGCUUGUUCAUGAUUUGAUUGAUGUGCUCAAAAGUCAUGACCCCUCACCCUCCAUCUUAACACGACCUCUUCCAGAACCAUCCCCUUCGACCGAGCCUCAAGCCAAACGACAAAAGUCAGAUGGCACGACUGAUUCAUCGACUGAUUCACCAAUCGAGUCACCAACUGAUUCACCAACUAUUCUAUCACGCGCUUCAUCAAAUAAAUAUAUCACUGUCGAUGAGGUUCUCAAAGAUAUUGAUACUGCAGCAUUCGAUAUUAUAGAGAGGCUACAGUUAUCCAAUGGCUCGAAUCGAAACCAGUACAUUCCUGUUCCUGCCGGACAAUCGGAAUUAUCUGUCAAGAUUUUAGCCUUCAAGAAGAAAGCUCACGAGCUUGUGCGUAGAGAAAAGGCUGCCACAGGACUACAAGCCAACACGAAGGGCAAUCAAACAAUCAAUUCCAGCAGUUAUUUGGCAAACAGGAAUUUUGGAACCAAUGCUAAUGCGCCAGUCACUGCUACGUCGGAGGAUAUCAAAGUGGUUCUAACACUCUACGGAAAUGCACCGCAACCGAAACAGCUGUUCUCCAGCCUACAGAUCCCAAUAAAGUUUGACGGAGAAUCAAUCUCUCAGCCUCUCCGCGAAGCCGGCCUGCCGAAUGGUAUCACAACAACUCAAAUCAUUCCCAUACAGCCCACGAGCUUUGUCGAUGAUAAGAAACGGCCGCAGACUUUGGGAGAGCUGUUUCCAACACCUCCAAAUAUUCAACCAUUGAAACCCCCUAAGGUUUCCAAGAGCUCAUUGCCAUCAUCAAUCGAAGGAUGGCGCCAACCAUUGGUUGCCGACUCACGAAGUGCUAGCUAUUCUAAACAACCAAUCACUACUGGACAGUGGCUUGAUUAUAGCGAUACCUCAUCCCUCAGUCCAGAAAGAAAACGCGCUAGAAUUGCAAGUCCUAACGGGAAUGUCGAAGCAGAGGUUGACUCGAACGAAAUAGAUGCCGCCAAGUUGGAUGCUUUGUUUCGGAGUGCAUAUUCGGGAUUUGCGCCAACUAAGGAUGAUUCCAAAGCUAUCGCCCCGGAAAGUGUCUUGAGUAAAAUCUGGUGGCAACGUGUUGGUGAAAAACAAUGGGGAGUUAUGGUUGGAAAAGCUGAAGGGUUUGACGACAGCUAUCCCACAGAACCAAGUGCUAAUAGCUUAGCUUUCAACGAUGCGGAGAUGGAUGAACUUGAGCAAGCAGUGAAGGAAUCUCCUAAUGCAUCAAUCGAUCCUAGCUUAAUGUCUUCCGAAUCAAAUGUGGAGAAAACUGCAGAAGAAAAGGAUGUUGAAGAGGUACUUCAGGGCAUUUCGGAACUGCUAGAGACACUUAACUCAUACCAAAGAAAUCGGCAUAUGUCUCUUAAUGCUAUCAGUCGUCCUGUUGGCGUCUUUGGGGCAUCGGAUACUACAUUCAUGGGGACGCCUUCUAAGCCUGGUGACUCAGAAGUGACGACGUAUGAGAUCCUCAAAUCGCAGCUGGCAUUGAUGGUUGCCAUGUUACCGCCAUAUGCUGUAGCGAAGCUAAACUCUGACCAAUUGGCUGAACUCAGCAUUAGCACAAAGAUUGAAGUUUCGAUAACUGAUCAGAAAGGUGUUAUGGAGGAGGACGAGAUAGCAGCCCGCGCAAAAGUGGCGGCAAUGAGCGCAGCCUCAAAUACACGCCCCACUACUAGCUCUUCCUUACAUAGAAGCUCUUCUACGGCUGCCCUUUAUGGCAAUCAAUACUCGUCUUCGCGGCCAGCUGCAGCCUCUACUGGCCAAAAUUACACUACAACUCAGACUCCAAUCAGACCCCCGCCAAGUAAUUUGCAACGUCCUCCUGCAACUGCGCCGGUUCCUAUUUCUUAUGCACAGCGUGCCCCAUCUGCUCCAUCCUAUCGUCCAGCGGCAUAUCCGGGGCCUGCCUACCCACACCAAUUUCGAACGCCAGGUCCAGCAGCACCGCAAUAUACUCAAACGAAUGGUCAACAGCAACAGUAUCACCAUAAUACGCCCGCUGCUUCAUAUAUACGCCCUCCAACCCAACCUUACCAGAACAUCCCACAAUCCACACCUCAAGCAGUGCGGUAUCCAAGUCAGCCACCUGGAUAUGCUGCUCAGCAACAGCCCAUUCAAAAUGGCGCCACGUAUCCUCAAGCCUACGGAAAUGGAGCACACGUUAGUCGACAAAGCUCGCCUCCAAAACCGGUGUACAAUCAACAGAGCCAUCCCUCUCAACCUCAAGUUCGCCCUUCGUACUCAUCACCUGCCCCUCCCAUUUUACCACCAACCGCUACUAGACACAUUCAAGGCCAGUUGGCUCAACCACCUGUCAUGAACGGCUCCUCUCAAUCACCUCAACCUCAAUCUCAACCUCAAUCGCAACCUCAACAGGCUUUGCCACAAUCGCAUCACCAAAACUCUUACAAUAACAUGAGUACUUUCUUAACUUCAGGCGAGCAACAAAGUAUAAUUGACCGCCAACGCGCACAAAUUGUCCAGCAACAAGGGACCCAACAUCAAGCUAGAAAUGCCGCUCAACCAGGUGCUCUGGGAUCUCCACAACCGCAAAUUAAUGCAAACAGUGCCGUUGCGGCAGGAACAUAA